UGGUGGUAGGGUGCCUAGCUUACCAUGCUCUUUUUUUAUCUUGCCUUUCUUUGGUUCUCACCUUCCUUUCUCAUAUAAAUCCUCCGCCAACUUGAGUUUUCUAUUCAAAUCGUUCAACACUUGAUAAUAUAGAAAGAGAGAUGCAAGCCUCAAAGGAGAAGCUGAAAAACAUGGCCAGUGCAGCCAAGGAACAGGUCGACAUCUAUAAAGCCAAAAUAGACGAGAAGGCGGAUGUAGCGUUGGCAAGAACAGAAGUGGAGAAAGAGAUAGCUCAUGAUCUGGCAAAGGCAAAGGAAGCUAAAGCAAGGAUGGAGCUUCAUGAGGCUAGAGCCAGGCAUGCAGCGGAGAAGCUACAGACUCAGACUCAGACUCAGCACCAGCCACUUGGGGCAGUUCCCAUGCCCGGAGCCACUCAUUUGUCUUAUCCACCAGGAGGAAACUCUCCCAUCAACAAACAUAUAUAGAUCUCUCUUUUGCACUUUCUUUUUAUUCUUAUUUCUAGGAGCUUGCAGUCGUAGACAUCAAAUAAGAAUGGUCUCUUUUACUCUUAAUCCUUCCAUGUAUAUAUUUCAGAAUGGCUUUCAUUUCACCCAAUGGGAAUCCCCCUUUCUUAUAA